AGAAGAGAUCUUGGGAUCCAGUUCUUGGACAUGUACCUGCAAGAUACAGGCAGCUACAGAGGACCUGGCCUUGUUCAGAGACGAGACAAAGCGCUCCGUGCACUUGAAGAAAAUAUUGAAUGGAGAAGUUGGAUACUUGCAUCAGCUGAAGAAAGUGUUUCCCAAGUCCUAUAGCCUUCAGUGAAAGAGAAGAAAAACCCAAGAAGAUCAUGUUCCUGUUAGGUUUGUAACUACAGGAAAUAGUGAAGGAGCUCUGUUUGUCAACAGGAAACUGGUAUAAAUGACUGUGUCGUACAGUAUACUUCACACACAGAAGUGCCUGCAGGACUGUAUGGGCUGGUGAUAAAGCACUUGAUCAGAGUGAGGUUUCCCUGUGGCGACGUUGGCUGGAGUUUGAUAAAUUAUUCUUCUGCACAGGCUCAGACUCUGUAAAGUGUAUCUGACUGGCUAAAGAUGACAAACCCUUUAUUUUCCUUUUGUACCUCCCUGCAGUAGAGAUCUGAGGUAGCUAACAAGAAACAGGGGGAUGUCGUCAUCCUCCCACCAUCUGCUUAGCAAUUAAGUGCCCUUCAGAACCCAGACAGUUUUGAGGUGCCUCAAUUAUUGUUCACUGUGCUGCAGAUAUGGACUCUGAGCUUCUCUGGCACUUUCUCACAUUGGCCUGGUCAACCUCACCAUGCUAGUACAUGGGAAUAAAGACUUCCUUGCGGAUGUAGUUUACAUCAUCCUGGAACUGGUCAUUGCCGUGCUGGCCAUCUUGGGGAAUGUCCUGGUCUGCUGGGCCGUCUAUCUGAAUAGCAACCUCCAGAAUGUCACCAACUACUUUGUGGUGUCCUUAGCUGCAGCCGACAUUGCAGUGGGCGUGCUGGCCAUCCCCUUUGCCAUCACCAUCAGCACUGGCUUCUGUGCCUUCUUCUAUGGAUGCCUCUUCAUUGCCUGCUUUGUCCUGGUUUUGACUCAGAGUUCCAUCUUCAGCCUCCUGGCUAUUGCCAUUGACAGGAUCAUUGCUAUCCGGAUACCCCUCAGGUACAAUGGUUUGGUGACUGGCUCACGUGCCAAGGGUAUCAUUGCCAUCUGCUGGGUCUUGUCCUUCAUCAUUGGCCUGACACCCAUGCUGGGCUGGAACAAAUGUUCCCAGAGUGAAGGUCAGGAUACCAAUAACUCGUCUCCAAACAACUGUAGCAACAGGAUGGUGGCUUGUCUCUUUGAGACUGUGGUCACCAUGGAAUACAUGGUCUACUACAACUUUUUUGCCUGCGUGUUGUUGCCCCUCCUCAUCAUGUUUGGCAUCUAUUUGAAAAUCUUCAUGGCAGCCCGGCGGCAGCUGAAGCAGAUGGAGAACAAGAUGGUGCACGGGGAACGCUCGCGGUCCACUUUGCAGAAGGAGGUCCAUGCAGCCAAGUCUUUAGCCAUCAUUGUUGGACUUUUUGCCAUCUGCUGGCUUCCACUCCACAUUAUAAACUGCUUCACUCUUUUUUGCCCAGGGUGUACCCGUGCUCCCCUCUGGCUGAUGUACCUGGCCAUCAUCUUGUCUCAUGCCAACUCCGUAGUGAACCCGUUGAUCUAUGCCUAUCGGAUCCGGGAGUUCCGACACACCUUCCGGAAAAUUAUCAGUCAGCAUAUCCUGGGUAGGAAGGAGCAGUUUAAGACCGGUACUGCCAGCUCUCGGACUUCAACUCAUGGUGGGGAUGGGGAGAAUACCAGCAUAAGGAUCAGUGAAUAUGCCCUGAAUGUAUACACCAAUGGGGAGAUCCACAGAGACCCUGAAAAGCAGGACCUGAGCAAAUGCAAGGCAGGUUUGGAAUGGCACCAGAAUGGGAGUGCAUUGGACAUGGAAACAAAUGGGCAUAUCCCACAUUCUUGCAAAAACGGGGACCUCUCAGAGGCAUGUAAGAACAUGGAGCUGCUUAGUGAAGAGCUGAUUGAGACAUCCGUCUCUUACUCUGAUCUGGAGAGCUCAACCUUUGCAGCAGCUGAUGUUUCCUGAUGACUUGUAUAGAGUCUUCCUGGUAGAAUUAUUUUUUUUUUGCCCUGUCAGAUGCCUCUAUAUGGGAAAAAGGGAGGCUGGGAAGAAAGGGAAGUCUGUCCACGUCUUUCUGGUGAAGGGGGUCCUUGCCCAGGACUGAUGGGAAGAUCCUAAGAGCUGGGCUGGAGAAAAGUAAUGAGAGAGUUUUGAAUGGAGUAUGGAAGAAGGAAAACUGUAUCUGUCGAAGGUCCAGCUCUGAGAUGCAGAGAGAAGCAAGCUAAGGUCAAAGCUGACAUCCUGAGCUGAGCACCAGGAGACUGUUAAUUCAGGGUAUAUUGUGCUGUUCUCCUCUGUACUAUGUGUCUGUGUAUGCGUGUUGGUCUAGUUGUCUUCACCCACAGAAGUAAAGGGCUGGUUAGAAGUAUUUAUAUAGAGGGGUGGGGCUUUUAAGUCUGCAGCCUCUGUUAAAAAUGUAAAAGGCAUAACCGUGCCUGCUGGUCAGGAACAAUACCUAGGAAGUGAAGGGAUUCUCAUCCGGAGCUUUGGACACCUUAAACUACAUAACUGUUUUACUUUGUCGUUGUUGUUUUUAAAGCUUAACUGCACCACAGGUUUCCUGACUUUUCUUAUCACCACUAAAUCACAUCAUCGUAGGACCUGCUUCUUAUGUAUAAUGGUUAGCAGUUGAAGCAUGACUAUACACAGCUCCCAACGCCGCCCAUGUCCCUGGUAGACCCAGCAUGUUGAAAGAAACCAGUAACUAUAUUUCACAGACCCCCAUUUCAUUUAAAGAAGUAUGAAUAUGAAAUUAUUUUAAAUAAUUUAUAUUAACCAAAGGGCAGAAGGCAUGAUAGGGUGGCACCCUAGAGACUAAAUGGUUCAGAGAGGCAAAAGCUUUCAGAGGCAACGGCCUGCUUUGUCAGAUACUAAGGGGUGAGAGCAGAUCUGUGUUCUGCAGGUAACAGUGCGACAAGGCAGGGGUAGGGAAAGGUGCCCAGGAGGUGUUGACAGGUUUGGUGGAUGGCUGGCAGGUGCAUUGGGAGCAAUAGAAGGGGAUAGGCUGGAGCCAGGGCCAGGUUUGCGCUGUCUUAGAAUCAUUUUCUCUCCAUCUGUCUUUGUAUCUGCCCAGCUGUAUAUGCAGAAUUCAUAGUUUCAUAGUUUGUAGGGUCGGAAGGGACCUUGACAAAUCAUCAGGUCCGACCCCCUGCCAUGGCAGGAAAGAGCACUGGGGUCAAACGACCCCAGCAAGGUGUACAUGUAGCCUCCUCUUAAAGACCCCCAGGGUAGGAGCCAGCACCACUUCUCUGGGAAGUUGGUUCCAGAUCCUAGCCGCCCUGACUGUGAAGUAGCGCCUCCUGAUGUCUAGUCUGAAUCUACCCUCUGCCAGCUCGUGACCGUUAUUUCUAGUCACUCCUGGUAGUGUUCGGGGGAACAGGGACUCCCCCAAUGCCUGCUGGUCCCCUCUGACUAGUUUGUAACAGGCCACUAGAUCCCCCCUCAGCCUUCCCUUGUGGAGGCUGAACAGGUUUAGGUCCCGUAGCCUCUCCUCAUAGGGCCUGCCCUGCUGCCCCCUGAUCAUGCGGGUGGCCCUCCUCUGGACCCUCUCCAUGCUGUCCACAUCCCUCCUGAAGUGCGGCACCCAGAACUGGAUGCAGUACUCCAACUGCGGCCUGACCAGUGUCGCACAGAGGGGGAGGAUCACCUCCUUGGACCUGCUUGAGAUGCAUCUGUGGAUGCAUGACAAGGUACAGUUGGCCUUCCUGACCACGUCCCCACACUGUUGGCCCAUGUUCAUUUUGGCAUCAAUAAUGACUCCAAGAUCCUUUUCUGCCCCUGCACUGACGAGAAGGGAGUUCCCCAGCCUGUAGGUAUGCUGCUGGUUUUUCCUCCCCAGGUGCAGCACCUUGCACUUGUCAGUGUUGAAACCCAUCCUGUUCUCAUCUGCCCACCCCUGUAAUCUGUCUAGGUCCAAUUGCAGCUUAGUCCUCCCUUCUAGCAUGCCCACAUCCCCCCACAUCUUAGUGUCAUCAGGAAAUUUGAAUAGGGUGCUUUUUACCCCCUCAUCCAAGUCACCGAUGAAGAUGUUGAGCAGCGCAGGUCCGAGGACCGAGCCCCGGGGGACCCCGCUCCUCACAUCCCUCCAGGUCGAAAAUGACCCGUCCACCACAUUCUGUGUCCAUUGACCAAUUUUAUCUCCCAUUCCCUACAUCUACACAACAAACUUACUGUGCCCAGCAGCAUCAGCACCUUAAGCCUGCUGCACUGUCCCUUGGGGGCUGACUCCUCAGUGCAGCGUAUCUAUCUGUGCUUGCACAGUGCUUCAGGUGGGCUGAUCAGCACUGCUGAGCAGCAGAGUCAGGUAGCCAUGCAGACUGCUUCGGGUUACCAGGUAGCCUGAGCAGCGUGGCCCAUCUGAAGUUGUCUCUGCUAGGGACGGUAUGUUUACUAGGUAGCUGUGGCCCCAAACGCAGACACUGGUUGUUUAGCUCCACUUGACAGUAUUGGCAACCCAAAAAUAAGGGCAUUUGAGGUUUGUCUUUUUUGCUGUCCUGCUUUUGAGCCUUGUUAGGGUUCAUAUUUUCCUGGUUUGUUCUGUAUUUAGGAGGGGAAGUAUAGAUGCCCAUGUGAGCAAGUGACUUCAAGAACUGGGGCUGUAGCAGAGACAUCGCCUAUCACAAGACUCAUGUUAUUGUGACUGGCAGUGUUGUGGCCUUAUCACCAUCCUCAGUCAUGACAAUGGCCAGUCCAGAUGCAGGGACCUGGGAAGCUGAGUGCUCCUCUUCCCCUCCACUCCAGCCUUUUCAGCUGUUGGUCCAUUUUUGAGAAACAUGCCCCUGCUUAAAAUAUUUCAGUGACAAAGGUCAAAGGUCAUUGUGAAGGGGAAAGGUCAAGCACGUCUUCCUCUCCCUCUUCCCACCCCCCUAUCCUUUUUCAGUGGGGAAUGUGUAGCUGAUGAAAUACAGCUGUUCUGGAUAAGCUAAGACGUGGCUGAGAUAAAGGGCAGGGGAAGACGGAGAGUUUUUUCUUAGGGAGUCAAGAUGCAGAGCCGUGGUGUUACAGCACAGAGGCAGAGUUCUGCGGGAGUCAAGUAUCACUGAACUGGAACAUUCUGCUAAAAGCGGCCCUAACCCUCAUAGAGAGAGAGAGAGAUCUGGUGCCUUAUUCUAUUUGAGGGAAUUCUAUGAAUUUCACCAUUCCCAGGAGGCAAGUUCCAGUAUCUAUUUGCCUUGCAGGGAUUUGGACAGAGUUUUGGCUUAUGGCCAUGACUGACUUCAUUAAGAGUCAUGCUAAGGCCCGUUGUCUCUGCUGGGUGCUGUCUUGAUUGUGUGUGUGCAACGCAACACGUUACCACUUUAUUUUGCAUAGCAUCUUCCAGACCGGCUGUAUUCCUGAGUGUUUUGGAAGCUUGAAUAGGGCAGCUGAGAGUCCAGCAGUAGCUGAGAAAUAUGUCCCAGCAAGGCAGCAUGUAAAAUUUGGUAUGUGGAGGGAGAGUGGGCCUGUGGAUGGUGGCUCUGUCAGCUAGGGAAUGAGGCCUUGGGUUGCAAACAGGCUUGGAAGAAAUUGGGACUAAGCUGAGCUUUUGUUCACCUUUUGAAAGGAACUGGCUUUGAGGCCAAAGUGGCAGGGAGGUGGGAUUACCUUAAACUUCUUCCCCUGUUCCCCCAUCUCAGUUCAGCUUUGCACUGUGAUUCUGGUCAAGGUCAAAAGCUUCUGUGCCUAAAUCCUGUGUCGCUUCAUGUUCCCAGCCAACUAGAAACGGGCUGCUCUCAGAAAUGUUGCAAGAGACUUUGUCCUCAGGAAAUGUCCACCAUGCUUCCUUCCCUGAUUGGACUAUCAGGGAGGACUCUCUGAAAUGGGCUGCAUGGGCAGGGUCAUCUGAACAUGCAGCCAGCUUGUGAAGAGAUGUUGGGCACAUAUAUGUGGUGGGGGUGAAGUUUUGGGUGUGUUGUGUUGGCCUGACAGACCUCAAGGGCAGGAUAACCUGUCAUAUUAACUGUAUUCAGCCAGAUGCUUCCCUGGAGAGAGAGGACUCCUGUGGGAAGGACUGAAAUGCAAAGCCUGUCCGAUUUGCUGAGCAGGGCACCUGUCCUUGGAGGGGAGGGUGGUUCUGGAGGGUUGGGGCACAUUUGGGGUUUGGGGUAGGGGAGGAUCCUGGAGGGUUCUCAGGUGUUCCCAGGGGAAGCGUGCUGGAGGACUCAGGGGUUUGAGGAGACAAGUGUGCUGAAGUUUCUCUUUGGGAGAGACUCAGGCAGGAUUCAGGGGGUGGAGGGAUGGACACCACAAGUCUUGGGGCCCAGCAGUGUGCCACAGGAUUUGAGGGGAGGCAGAUGGGGUGUGUGCCAUGACUAUCCAGGGCUGUUCACAGCAGGGGGAGCAGCCCAUUCCCACCUGAUUGGUAUGCAGCCAAGGCAGAAGGGAUUUUUCUCAGCCUACUCCCUUCAGAUGCUCUUUAUUUCCUCCUGCCUCAAUGUAUCCCAAGGCCCCUCCUACGCCUCUGAUGAGCCUAACCAUGUUUUAGAGGAACACAUGAACGCACUGAAGUCAUGCCCUUGUAAAGUGGGUUGCGUCACCAGUGCAGAACACUAGCACAGUGUUUAGGAAGCUGCCUAAAGAUCAGCUCUUUCUUCUGUUGCCUUUCUCAUUGAAUCUGCUCUGCAUCAGACCUGGCACCUCCCUGCGGUCCUGAGAGCAGAAGAGGUCCCAGGCUGAUGUUAAUCUUCCCCAUGGUAGCAUGAAUGGUGAGUAACUGAAACAAGGUGACUACCCUUGGUGAGUCUCUAAAAUGCCAGAAUCAGGUCUGGGUCCUUUCUUUGUGGCUUUCCAGGAAGCUGGGUCAUGUCAAGCCAAAAUAGGCCAAAAUCAGGGCUGGAACCUAUUGAUCCUAAAGCGCCUUUUGCCUCCACUCCUGGUCUCCUUCCCAUUUGCUCUCAAAGCAGAUGGUCCCUUUCCUUCACUCUGCAGAGCCUCUGUCCCCAUCUCGGUUUGUCUCCUGGUAUUCCCUGGCACAAGGGAACCCAAACACACCAAUGUACAUGCUGCAGUCUAGGAGAUCCCCACCCCUUUAAUUUAAAAGUUUUGUAACUUAUAGGUGGGAUGUCUUCAUGUCCCUCUCUCUGCAUCUGGAGCAAGUGGGAGCAGCCUGAGAGGGACAUGGUGGGGAGAGGUAGAGUCUGUGUGCCUGUAAAUGUAUUGUUAAGUGCAUUGACUACAAUUUUUGAAUGUGUGAAGUUGUCAGACUGCUGGGCAGGAAGCGCCCUGGUGCUGCUGAGUGUGAUGUCUUGGUUAAGUUUUUUAUUGAGCACUAAAAUAAAAUAUAUUUAUAAAAGA